UUUGCGCGGUGCGUUUGUGUUGUGGUGAUUUUCCGGACAUUUCACGUGAUUCAUAACUUUGACGCUUGUUAAUUAAAUUUUCCUCUGUAUUGUUGAUUGAAAUUAGAAACACAAGCUGGUGUAUUGGGAAAAAAUUACCUGAAAUUCUGUGCUUUUCUCAUUUGAAUCGAUCAACAAUUGGAUAGCAACAUGUUUUGAUCGGGACGGUCUACCUGUUGGGAACCGUGUUUUGGUUAAAAGCGGCGUUGUGAGGAUUUUUUGUUAUGCUUUUUGAACUUUUUUCGCCCUUGGACUAUACUUCAAAAGGAGCGUCAAAGCUUUCUUGUUUUGGGGUGUAAAAGAGCGUCAUGCCAGGCGUUACGAACGGAGAAAAAUGGAUUAGCAGGGAUUCUCAUAUGAGUGGCUUUGACACUUUUUCCAGUGACAUGACUCCUCAAAGACGGCUCGAUGUCAAAAGUUCAACUGGUUCCCAGUACUCAAAUGGCUAUAGUACAGAUCGGAAUAGCGACUCGGAACAUUAUCCCACUUAUCUGUUGGAGCAUCUGGCAACGUUUUCUGUGGGAACUCAUUAUGGCAUUUCAACUCCAAAAGAUGGCCUCAGAAGACUACUACAAAUGGAAAAGUCAAGUGGCAUAUGGACACAAAAAAUGCAGAUGAGGCUGGAGAGGAAAUGGGUUGUUAUCAUUGACAAUGAAAAUGGAGAUGUUGUUGAGAGGUUUCCCAUGAGCUUGAUUAGUGAUCCAACUUCAUAUACCAGUAACGAUCCCAGAGAGUUGUAUAAUAACAUAGUCGUUUUUAUUGUUAAGGAAGAUCCAAAGAAUAAAAAUCAAAAUCCUUCCGAAAUGCACAUCUUCCAGUGCGCCAGAGUUUCGGCUCAAGAAGUUGUUAAUGAAAUGAAAAUGUUCAUUGGUGGAAAAUGGAAGCCAAGUACAAAAGAAAAUGGCAGACAUUUACCGCCCCCACCACUAAGUCCACCUCCAGAGCCACCUGUAAAUGGUGUUAAUGUGAGGGAGCAAGUCAAUUUAUUCAAUGCUGUAGCAGCAGCUGCAGCUUCACCACCAAAAGGAGAUAACCACAUCCAAAGGGUAAGCACUUCUGGAUUUCAUUCAAGAGGUGAAAAUAUGCAUAAUAGGCUUGACCGAGAUACAAGUUAUGGUAGAGACUCCAAUGAUGAGACGAGUUCUACAACCAGUGAAAAAUAUGAGCGAGACGUUGCAAUUUUAAAUCAUUGUUUUGAUGACAUAGAGCGUUUCAUAGCAAGACUGCAGCAUGCUGCCGCUGCUUUUAAAGAAUUAGAAAGACGUCAAAAAAGUAGAAAAAAUAAGAAAAAAGAUAUGGGUGAUGGAAUGCUUAGCAUCAGAGCUAAACCACCAUCAGAAAGAGAAUUCGUUGACAUUCUUCAAAAAUUCAAGUUGUCUUUUAACCUCUUAGCAAAAUUGAAAAGUCACAUUCAUGACCCCAAUGCACCUGAGCUUGUUCAUUUUCUUUUCACGCCUCUGGCAUUAAUUGUUGAUGCAGCAAAAGAUUCUAACUACAGUACGACUUUAGCCUCUCGUGUUGUUGCUCCACUAUUGACAAGAGAUGCCAUUGAACUUCUAAUGAAUUGUUGCACAUCGAAGGAGAGCGAUUUGUGGCACAGUUUAGGAGAUUCUUGGAUUACCACCAGAGAUCAGUGGAAAGGUUUCGAAGGUAGCUUCCACCCUGUGUUUUCUGAUGGUUGGGCUCCAGAAAAUCCUUUUUCAGAAGAAAGGGAAAGAGCUGAAGCAACUGCUGCUGCUGCUGCAGCAGUUGCACAGAAAUUGAGAAGGGAAGAAGGUAGAAGAAACCAUGAAAAACCUGAAUCACGGCAACAAGACUUCAGGGCCUCAUCACGUCAAGAGAGAGAGAGUCGCUAUGGGAGUGAUUACUAUUACAAUGACCGAAGUGAGAAAGAACGACCGGUCUCACCUUUACUUUCUAAUGAAAUGCCACAUUCCAAUUUUGACAGCAGAUAUUAUGACAAUCAAACAGAAUUAUCAAGAAGAGAACCAUAUGAAAGGAAUGGUGCCUUAACUCCAGUGUCUGAUCGAGAAUUUCAUGAUAUGAGAGACAGAGAUGUUAGAUCUGACUUUAGUGCUGAUUCCAUUGAUCAUACUCCUGCUUCAGAUCCUCAGAUUCAGUUUGAGCGUCACCAAAAGCAGUUUUAUGAAGAGUUGACCGCCAAAGGAGCUCGAGUAGUUCAAGUUAUGUAUCCAAGAACAGCCAACAAUGAUAAAGAACUUACUGUAAUCAGAGGGGAAUACUUAGAAGUAAUAGAUGACAGUCGUAAAUGGUGGAAGGCUAAAAAUUCUCGUGGACAGGUAGCACAUGUGCCACACACAAUUGUUGGUCCAGUUCCUGAAGAUGAUGGUUUCCAUAAUCCAAUUUAUGGAGCCAGAACCAAUGGUACAAAAGAACCAGUUUAUUCUCCGAAUGAGUCAACAUUGGGGAAACCAAUUAGCGAAAAUGGGCAUGAAGAACAAGUAUCUCCACACCGUCCAGCAGCAGCCAUACCAAUCCACCCAGCACCAGCAGAUUGGGUUAGGAGAGAACGCCAAGGCAAGAAAGGUGAAUUUCGUUACUUCUGAAGCCCUUCCAGCUGCCGUAGUCCCAAGAAGCUACAUGCUACACAGAUUCCUUUGCUUUUUAGAGGAACUUCUGGUUUUGUAGUCUAGACUGUCUGAAAAAAGCUCCCAAACUAGAUGCUACCUGUUUGCUUCUUUUGAAGGUUACAUUGCUACAUCUGAUUCUCAUGUGCUGCAUUGAAUAUACACUAAUUCAUCUAGAUUAGAUAUCCAUUAUGUGCUUCAAUGCAUUUUUCAAAUAGCCAGCUAAAUUUGCUUAUAGUAUCAAAUGCCAAAUAUAGUGAUAACUAUCUGCAUUAUCUUAUAAUUUAUUUUUGAUAAAAGAAAGCCACAACUCUGUUCAAAAGAUAGUCUAAGUAACAUAACUAUGGUCUGCUCUUGGCAUUCAAUAAAUUUAAUAUGUUAGACUGUUUUCUUUAACUGGUUUCUGCAGAUCUGUUUGUUACUGGGCUCCUGUAAACUCACUUUUACUGUAAAACCCUUUUUAAAGCUUUAUUUUUAAAGUCUUAAAAUAAAGCUUCCAAAAGUGAACAGAAGUCCAGCUACAGAUUUAUCAUAGGAAAUAGAAACGGUCAUGGACACUCAUCUUAUUAUUUUUCUGUUACCAACUGUACUGUAAUGAAAAGGAAAGAUUAAUUUUUCAGAAGAUAAUUUUUAAUUUGUAAAUAUUUUAGCAUUCUGGAAUUGUUUUGUUUAAAGACAAAUAUGGUAGUAUUUAAUAAAAUAUAGUGAAAAAUGAAAUUACUAUUGAUAAAUUUUUUUUAAAAUAUAAAAUUAUUUUCAAGUAUUUGUUUUAACCAAAAAAUAGAUUCAAGGCUUUUCAUUCUUAAAGAAUUUGGAAGUUGAAUAUUUUUAUUCAUUUAAAAUUGCAAACAUCAUAAAGAAAUAUGUUUUUAUGCAUAAAUAAAUUUCACAUUAACAUACUGUAGACUACAACUUAAUUUACUGUAUUUUUCUCCAAUACAUGUGUAUCAUCUUAUCAAAAUUAAAGCAUAAUUCAAUUAGGAUCAACCCAAAUCAUGUUAAUAAGUACAUAUAUGUUAUGGAUAUACAAAGUGUGCUCAAGGUUUUGAUACUUACGUUCUCAACUAGUAUGCAUUCUUACAAGUUUUAUACUAUUAAAAUGCUCGAGUAUGAAUAAAAUUUUCUUUUAUAGGAUUUGCUUUGCUUAUUUUGAUGCCAUGCUUUGUAUAUAUUUUGCUUUAUUGCUAUCCCUUCUUUACGACUGAUGUUGCCAAAAUAUUAAUUUUAAUAUAAUUUGGCAAAAUCACUUUGCGAGAUGUGUACAUAUGGAAUUCUUAAAUCUUCAGAAUAAAUCUAAUUACCUUAAACUUGAACUUUUUUUUUAUGUCGAGACGAUAACAUCUGAAUCAGACUAUCUAGCUUUUUAAGUUGUAUCACUAAAAAUGCUUUGAAAUGGUAUUUUUUAGUUUACAAUACUGAUUGUAAAUUUUUCUUAGUUGUGUAAAUAUUAGUCAUUAUUUGCAUUAUAGUCACUACUUAGUUUUGAUGUAAUAUUGUAUUAUUACAUUUUAAAGUGUUUUCUGAUGUAAAUACUUGUUGAAUAUUGUUAAGAAUUAUAACAAGCACUCUAAAAAUAUCUUUUGUGUUGUAACUUUUUUUUAAUUCUACUUAAUUUGUUCAGUGAAAUUCAUUUUGUAAAGUCUUGAGAGAUUUUUAGAAUUAAAUUUAUAUAUAUAUAUAUAUAUAU